AUGCGGAGAAGCAGAGACGGGUGCCGUGCCGCCAGCCAGCCGGUCGCAGGAAACCACUGCAACACGCCGACAUUGGUGAAUGGUUCGGCGCGGUUCGCGACUGCUCAGGCGCCACCGCAGCACGCCGUCGAUGUUGCUGCUAGCAGGUCGUCGACCUCAGCGGUUGUUGGCACGCCGCGCUCCAGACGACGCUACGCAACAAUUGCUUCGCGCCGCCCGCUCCAUUUGGUCCGCGGCGGGUUCCAGCCGCGCCUUCCGACUUCGCUGCCGCCCCCAGGGCAGCAGCAGCAGCCGUCGCCAGUACCACGCCGACAGCCUGUCCCGUUGAUGCCUCCCGCGCAGCUUCAUCCGGGAGCGCCCCAGGUGGUCGCUCCGGCGCCUACGGUCCCUCUUCAGUCGCCACCGCCUUCGGAGCUGAUGGACGUCGACCCCUCAGCCGGGCCGCCUUCGCAAGCGGUGGCUGUGCAGCCUGUCCUGAAGCCGCUUUCCUUGGGCACCCCCAAGGAGUCUGACACCGCAGCGCCUUGUCCGGCGCCCACUCAGCAGCUGUCGACGCAGCGUCAGGAGACGCUGCCUCUCUUCGUGGGUCCCGACGCCGCGUCGCGUACAGUACCAGAAGCUGCGCCCGUGGUCACAGGUCAGGUCAAUGACCUGACACAGACGCUGAGUGACGACAUGGUCUGCAAGCUUGUUUACUUUAGUUCCGACCUCAACGGACAUUUUUGA